AUGGUAGCAUAUGAGGUGUUCCAUACAAUGAAAGUUAGGAAAAAGGGCAAAGUGGGGAGUAUGGCUAUCAAGCUGGACAUGUCCAAAACUUAUGAUAGAAUCGAGUGGGGUUAUUUGGAAGCUGUCAUGGGGAAACUGGGAUUCUGCAGGAAGUGGAUUGACCUCAUUAUGAGAAGUGUCUCAAUUGUGAGCUACUCAGACUUAAUUAAUUGGAAGCCUGGGUCAAGUUCCUAUCCUAGGAGGGGAUUGAGGCAGGGGGAUCCUUUGUCUCCAUAUUUGUUUAUACUAUGUGCUAAGGAUGAUUGCAUUCUGUUUGGGAGAGCUAAAGCAGAUGAGAAUUUGAAAAUCCAAGAGUUUUUAUUCAAAUAUGAAAAGGCAUCAAGACAGUUUCUGAACAAGGAAAAGACAGCAGUGUUUUUCAGCUCAAACUUGAGAUUAGAAGAAAAAGAGAAGAUAAUGGAGAUAGGUGGCACAAUUAUGAGAGGUAGUUAUGAGAAGCACUUGGGGUUACCACCAGUGGUUGGGAAAUCAAAGUACAACACAUUUAGGAGCAUCAAAGAAAGGGUGUGGAAAAAAAUUAGUAACUGGAAAAACUCUUUUCUGUCUUUUGCUGGGAAGGAGGUUUUAAUAAAGGCGGUUUUACAAUCUAUACCAACAUACACUAUGAGUGUUUUAAAACUCCCAAAAAAUCUUUGCAAGGAGUUAAACUCAUUAAUGGAAAAUUUUUGGUGGGGAAAUUCAACAAAGAGUAGUGGUAUACACUGGUGCAGGUUGGAAAAACUUGGAAGACCAAAAGGGAGUGGAGGUCUAGGAUUUAGAGACGUAAAAAGCUUCAAUUUGGCUUUGUUAGCCAAACAAGGAUGGAGGUUCUUACUAAACCCAAGGAGUCUGGUGGCCAAAAUUUUCAAGGAGAAGUACUACAGAUCAGGUCCCUUACUUGAGGCAAAGCUGGGUCAUAGACCCUCUUUCAUUUGGAGAAGUGUGUGGGGAGCUUUGAAGUUGCUGUGGGAAGGACUAAGGUGGAGGGUUUGGGAAUGUUAG